UGGACUCGUCUGUAUCACCUACGGAUGCUGUUUUCAAAUGCUGGUACACACUGUUUAUAAUAAGGGCCUGGAGACGAUGGUGCUUGUAUAAGUUUAAUACUAUUCAACACUGUAUUACCAGUAAUACGUAUUGGUGCUUAGAACUCAAUGCACACAGCCUAGUAAAAUAUAUCAGCAUCUGUAGAAAUGAAAACAUACACUAUAUACCAUCACUUCUGCAAAGCCAGACAUGCGAAAGUUUCUUCCGUGCAGCGCGAUCGUUUUCAACAACAGAGUCAACAGUGGUUAAUUUUACAAUGAAAAGUUUUCAAUCUAGACUGAAUCGCAUACAAGCAAAGCAAGAUAUCAUGUAUAGUAGAAACGAAGACUUUUCAUUUCCAAGACUACAAAAAAAUAACAACCGCACGAUCUUCGAAAUGCCACCAGAAGAGGAAAUCUUAUCCACUAUUAAGAGAGCCAGAGAAUGUGCAUAUGAAACUCUUAUCAGUCUUGGGAUAGAACAAGCGAACAUCGAUUUCUCCGAUUCCGUUUCAUUACGACAGUCACAGACGAAACCGGCGCAGUUCGAGUUUGUCUCCAUUGACACUAACGAACAUUUUGAGAUGCACAUAGAUUCACUAGAUGCAAACAUUUGCGAGGCAGAAGAACUACUUUAUAACACAGGGCAAGAGUUGAAUCUGAAAGAUUCAAAAUGCUCAACAAGACAUACAUUCGCCAUUAGAAAUAAAAACGGAAAGGUAAUACACGUAAAGAAAAGUACGUUAUUAUGGAUGAUUACGAAUGGAACUCAACGAUGCUCAAGUGAUCGAUCGUAUCGUUUCCGAGAAAUGCCAGUAAGCAAUAAAAUAGCAAUACGCGAGCAAAAUAAAGUUCUAACUACUAUGCGCUGCGGAGAAUGGAUUGUGUUGAAAUGCAAUGACAGUGUGAAUGUGGUGAAAAUAUACGGAUUUCGAUAUUUAUCCGGAAAACGAACAGCCUACACACUAGACGAAGCAUAUGUACAUCCACCUUCAGAUAGUUCAGCGAAAGGCGUUGGUGUUGUCGGAAGCUACUUUACGGUUAUUCUGUCUGAAAAUAUUACUCUUGAACUAAACGAAGAAAGCAGCGAACUCAUUAUUGAUACACAACAAUAUCUGUCUCACCUGGAAAAACCAGAAAGUAAUGGCUACAACAUAUUCUACAGUUUAAGUACAUCGCAAUACAUUAGAUCACUUGUUAAAUACCAAUUACAGGACGAACAAAAUAUUUAAUCAAUACAUAUGUUGAAAUUUUGUGUAGUUUUUUAUUCUCUAUUCGAUCUAUCCACAUCAAACAAAUUUCUUUUCAUUUCUCCACCAAUUACGACAAUGAACUAUCGCUCCAGGCACCGAACGUGGACGCCGACAGAUUUGGCAAAUUGGUCGGUUACGUUGUAAAUGCAAUUGACAAUUCAAUAAUACUGAACUACUUCUUAAG